AUGGACCAACUCAUCCCAGUGAAAGACUUCAUCUCCGGGUUUACUACCUCCCAGUAUCUUUGUCACGAAAAGAUAGAACAAGUCGCUCUCGAGGACAAGCAGCUAGGAGUCCACAAAGUCUGGUCGAAAUUGAAGCAUAAACUCGUGCAGCCUCCACCCGAACUUCCGAAAGCUGAACAAUCACCCUGCGACGACGACGGUAGUCCCCUACCUGCUCCUAAACACGCCUGGGAGGCACUGUACCCUGAGGGAAGUAUAAAUCCGUCGGGCGAGAUACCUGGCGGCUUCGGAUUCUACCUCUCUGGUCCACCGGCGUUCGCGAAAUGCCUUGAGUCCGCGUCCGAAGCUGUGUUCAGCUACAGGAUGAUGAUUCAGGAGGGGUGGGAGUGGGUCAAGGGCGGGAAGCUCCCCGGUGUUUUUGGUGGAAAUGGAGACCUUUCGUACGGGUGUACUGGCGGACGCCAGGAACAACGAUGCCAGUGCUUCAAUCUAAGACCGAUGUGGAGACCAAACUCAGUUGGGGAGUUGUACGCCUACCUUCCCUUGACCACCGAAAAUCGCGAUCAGCUCUUAGCCGUCCCACCGAGGUCCAUUGAAAAUAGCGACUACGGGUUUUCGGUUGGACGCGACGCAUUUCGAUUUGAUCGUGCGGUCGGCCACUGGAUCGCCGUCGCAUUCCGAAUCAGAUUGAAUGACGUUGGAUGUACCAACGGCGAGCUACAGCUCUGGAUUGAUGGACAAUCCGUAAUCAAGGCGGACGGUCUAACACUACGUUGCUCGGAGGACGGGAAGAUGAAGGGUAUGCAUUUCCAAACUUUCUUCGGUGGACACGAGAAAGAUUGGGCCUCACCCAAAGAUCAGAAGGCUUGGUUCGCAGAUGUUUCUGGAGUAAUCAUACAAUAA